GUCUUAAGUGGAACAUCAAAUAAAGAGUUAAAUCACAGAGGAAGUGCAGGUCUUACACUAACCUUGCACUUCCUGUCAAGGCAAGGAUACACACAUUUUGAAUGAUUCAUGGCCAGAAAACGGCUCUUUAUAAUUAUUUCCAACUUUAAAAUAGCAUAGUUGAAUAGCGCUUAAGAAAAUGAAUUAUAUGCCGGGAACAGCGAGUCUAAUUGAGGAUAUCGACAAAAAACAUCUUGUCCUUCUACGAGACGGGCGAACACUGAUUGGAUUUCUGCGAAGUAUUGAUCAGUUUGCUAAUUUAGUCUUGCAUCAAACAGUGGAACGUAUCCAUGUGGGCAGAAAGUAUGGAGACAUCCCUCGAGGAAUAUUUAUAGUGAGGGGGGAAAAUGUUGUUCUGCUUGGAGAAAUAGAUCUGGAGAAGGAGAGUGAUACAGUCCUGCAGCAAGUUUCCAUUGAGGAGAUUUUGGAAGAGCAGAGGGAGGAACAGCAGGCUAAACAAGAGGCAGAGAAAUUAAAACUACAAGCACUUAAGGACCGUGGACUGUCUAUCCCACGAGCAGACACCCUAGAUGAAUACUGAAUCCCUUUUAUUUUAAUUGGACCUUUCAGUUUUAAAACCAAGAUGAUGACAGGUUGUUGUUGUUUUCACAAACUAACAUGAUCAUGUCCUGAAGGGAGAGGAAAGAAAAUAUUUACCCCUAACAGAACUUGCCACGUUUUGUUUUGUCUAAUAGUAUUUCAAAUGAAUGGCGAAUUAUGGAUCUAAACUAAUCGUCUUUUUGUUACCUUUGAUAUGUGUCACAUUGGACGCCAGGGCAAAUCGCAACAAAGCACUUGUUUUAAGCUGCUGUAGUUAUUUUCAUAUUAUGUUUCUUAAAUGAAAAGGACUUCUUGUUUUUUGUACUAUUCUGUCAGAAUAACGGUGGCUGUUUUGAGCUGCCAUGUAAAUAAACAGAGAACAAUCUAAGAAUUGUUUAAAAAACUGUCAACAUUUUGGUCUUUAAAAA